CAACAUGGCGCCGCGGGAGGCGGGUCCCGCUCGUCGGCUCCCGGGGUUCCGGCGCUGCGCGUUUUGGUUCCGGAGUAACAGUGUCGCCGCCGCCUUCCUCCUCCUCCUCUCGCCGCUGCCGCCGCCGCCGCCGCCGCCGCCUCCGGUCCGCGCGGCCUUGGGAGGCCGGGGCCCAGCCGGCGCGCGCCGCGCCCUGUGUCCCCGGGUGGGGCGGAAGACUCGCCCUUGACCGUCCCGCGGGGACUCUCCGUGGUGCGGCGGCCCUGGGGCGCCUUCUUAGUAGCCCGGGACUGAGUCCCCUCCAGUCGAGGACCCUCUUACUGACGGGCGGGGGACGCCUGCCGCUGUGUCUCCCCCAAACCGCGUCCCUGCCCUGCCGCCCCCCACAGCCACACGGCGGCGGGGAGCUUCACCGCCGCGUUCGCCCAGCUCCAGAACCUUCCGACCUCUGCCGGUUCCUGCGGGCCUCUCCCGCUCCCCGGUGCAGCCCCCGGGAGGCGCCGCAGACCCGGACAGCCUGGGCAGGCGCGGUGCCCUGGGUCCCUGCCGAAUCACCCCGAAUCACCCCUUCCUUCCCCCCUCCUCAGCCCCCAGUCCCUUGUUUUCACCCUCUGCUCCUCACUCCCCUUGUCACCUCUUGGAGCCCCCUCCUGACCAGCGGCCAGCGGGUACCCCCGCCCCCAUGAUGUGAGCCCCUUGAACCUGUGAUGCUGUGGCUAGCCCUUGGCCCCUUUCCUGCCAUGGAGAACCAGGUGCUGGUAAUUCGCAUCAAGAUCCCAAAUACUGGCGCGGUGGACUGGACAGUGCACUCCGGGCCGCAGCUACUCUUCAGGGAUGUGCUGGAUGUGAUAGGCCAGGUUCUGCCUGAAGCCACAACUACAGCGUUUGAAUAUGAAGAUGAAGAUGGUGAUCGAAUUACAGUGAGAAGUGAUGAAGAAAUGAAGGCAAUGCUGUCAUAUUAUUAUUCCACAGUAAUGGAACAGCAAGUAAAUGGACAGUUAAUAGAACCUCUGCAGAUAUUUCCAAGAGCCUGCAAGCCUCCUGGGGAACGGAACAUACAUGGCCUGAAGGUGAAUACUCGGGCUGGACCCUCUCAACACAGCAGCCCAGCAGUCUCAGAUGCCCUUCCAAGCAAUAGCUUAAAGAAGUCUUCUGCUGAACUGAAAAAAAUAUUAGCCAAUGGCCAGAUGAAUGAACAAGACAUACGGUAUCGGGACACUCUUGGUCAUGGCAAUGGAGGCACAGUCUACAAAGCAUAUCAUGUCCCAAGUGGCAAAAUAUUAGCUGUAAAGGUCAUACUGCUAGAUAUUACACUGGAACUUCAGAAGCAAAUCAUGUCUGAAUUGGAAAUUCUUUAUAAGUGUGAUUCAUCAUAUAUCAUUGGAUUUUAUGGAGCAUUUUUUGUAGAAAAUAGGAUUUCAAUAUGUACGGAAUUCAUGGAUGGGGGAUCUUUGGAUGUAUAUAGGAAAAUCCCAGAACAUGUCCUUGGAAGAAUUGCAGUAGCAGUUGUUAAAGGCCUUACUUAUUUGUGGAGUUUAAAGAUUUUGCAUAGAGACGUGAAGCCCUCCAAUAUGCUAGUAAACACAAGAGGACAGGUCAAGCUGUGUGAUUUUGGAGUUAGCACUCAGCUGGUGAAUUCUAUAGCCAAGACGUAUGUUGGAACAAAUGCUUAUAUGGCGCCUGAAAGAAUCUCAGGGGAGCAGUAUGGAAUUCAUUCUGAUGUCUGGAGCUUAGGAAUCUCUUUUAUGGAGCUUGCUCUUGGGAGGUUUCCAUAUCCUCAGAUUCAGAAAAACCAGGGAUCUUUAAUGCCUCUCCAGCUUCUGCAGUGCAUUGUUGAUGAGGAUUCGCCCAUCCUUCCAGUUGGAGAGUUCUCGGAGCCAUUUGUACAUUUCAUCACUCAGUGCAUGCGAAAACAGCCAAAGGAAAGGCCAGCACCUGAAGAAUUGAUGGGCUUUUGGAGAUCAUGUGAACUAAUGUAAAUGAAAGCACCUAAUGAGCAGCUGGCACAGGGUAAGUGCUCACAACUGGCUGCUGUUACAUUGCACGUAGUCACAAAAGGCACAGGUUUGGGAGCUGACGUCCAGUGCAAAUCCCAAUUCUGCCUUGGCCAAAUCCACAAAUUGAAGUAACAGUAAUGCCCUCCAGCCAUUUGUUGUGGGGACACUGAAAUAAGAUAAUGAGCUCAAAAGCCAGUUGUAGAAAGAAAACCCUACUGAAAUGCUGGUGUCAGUAAACAUGCGCAUUUCUCUCUCCAAAUCAACAUACUCAACCUGGAUUGUCUUUAAAUAUCCUUAUAGCAAGGGCAAUGCGGACAGCUGUUAGAAAAAUACGCUGAUCUGUUCCCCUCACAGGGAGAAUGUCAUGGCCGUAACACAGACUUAAAAAAUAGCAUAAAGCAUAUAUAAGUCAGGACAAUUCUUACCUUCCACCUCUUCAUAAUGACAAAGCAGCAGGCAGAGGAGGGCCAGGGCCAGGUCUCUGCUCACCUGCAUUGUGGAGGAGAGAGCCAGUAGCUGCUCAGUGUGGACAGUAUUGCUUAGAACAGUUGUGGGAGGUCAUGUUUGCAAAAGGAGGUUAAGAUCAAAGAAACUGUGUUGAAGAUUUGAGUUGGUCUGGUGGAAAGAAAAAACUAGGACAUUGCUAAGACCCUCCUGCAAAAGACUGGACCUUCUGGCUGUAGGCGAAGUCGCCUUAAUUGUUAUGAGAAGAGUAUUUAAAUUUCAAGGAUAAUUAGUUUUUCUUUUAAGGGGUGUAGGGUUGGACCAAGCCUUUUGUUUUCAGAUGUGAGGACUUUGAAACACUUGGAUAAACCUCUCAGGGGUUAAAUCUGUCUUUGGGGCUACCAGGACUUGAAAAAUGUUGCUCUGUAUCAAGAAAACCAGAAGUGACAAGUUCAUUUAAAAAGCCUGGUUUGUCAUUGUUUAUCUAAUUUUCGGAGUUGACACAGAAAAUUAAACCAGCUGACACUCACUCUCUGACCGUCUCUCUGGCUCAUUUCCCUGGUCCUUUCCUACCCGACCUUGCAGCUACAAAAUGCUCCAGACCCUAAAAUAUAAAACUUUCCACUGAGUUUGAGUCACCCUGCAGUCAUUCCAAGAUUAUGUCAGAGGAUGUCAUUCCUAAUGGUAUUAAAAAUCAAGAUGAAGUUAUAAAUCUGCUCUGUGAGGAUUUCUUUUCCCCCCCGCUUUGACCAUAAAUCUUAAAAGUAAUCAAACUCUCUGCAAAGAAGCCAAGGUAAACUUGGGCCCACAGUGGCCCCAUAUGUCU